AACAUGUCCCCACAACUUCGUCUCUCCGAGCGGCCGGCCACCAACUGACGACCAACCGCGGACCAAGACGAGCGGCAAGCUCUCUUGGUGUGCUCAGCUCUGCUUCGUCCGAGAUCCCCUCCUCCUAUCUCAGCCCAGCGCCGUCUUCUUCCAGCCCGUCGAUAUCUCUCCCCGCUCCGCUCCCCAUCACGAACAGCUGGUCUCGAAGAGAGCGCCUGGUCUAUCAAUGGCGGAGGAGACCGAGACCGAGAAGCCGCUCUUCUCUCCUGCAGAUGUCUCGCUCCACGCGUCCACAAAGGACUGCUGGGUCGUCAUCCAUGGCAAGGUGUACGAUGUGACCAAGUUCUUGGAGGACCACCCCGGCGGAGAGGAUGUCCUGCUCCAUGCAUCUGCCUCUGGGGAUGCCACCGAGGCUUUCGAAGAUGUGGGCCACAGCACAUCAGCCAUCAGCAUGAUGAGCAGCUACCUGAUUGGAAGCAUCGAGGACUAUGUGCCUCGCAGUACAUCGAAGGACGCAACAGUUGGUGGCAGUAAUGUGCUGCCUAAUUCCAGAACAAUGCAGAGGAACAAAGGCUCUCCUGCUCCAAACACAUUUCUGGACUUCGUGCUCCCUUUAUGCAUGCUUGUCCUGGCCUUUGCAGCUUGGUACUACCUAACCUUCAUGGCCGAGAGCUAGAAUUCGGAGAAGAUUCAUAUCAUUGCACAUUUUUACGUCACUAGUGUUGCUGCAGCGAUACAUUUAAGGAGCGUAAACUUGGUCAUAGAAUCAUUUGCUCUUGAUGGAGGUUUCUUGAUGUAGCUUGAAACUUGAAAGAACUAGGCAUAUUUCGCCCUACAUAUUGCAAAUUUGUUGGGUCUUC